AACAUGAAAGGCGUCUAUUGUGUGAAUGCUAUUCAGGGCUUGGCCACAGCGCAGAUCAUCUGAACAAGGGCUUAUUCUGGAAAUGUGCGCGCUUUAGUGAGCGGUGCUCUGUCACCGCCGAUAAUAGGCUAUAUGGCCAGCGGAGGGGGGGCUGAAGCACACCUGGACAGUCCACUAUGGAAGGAGAGCAGGAUGAGGGGAGAUCGUGGACAUGAGCGCGAGAGCAGCACGCGGGUCGGGAUGCGGAGUGAGGAGGAGAGACUCCAGACUUUCCAAAACUGGCCCACAGACGCGCCCGUGAGUCCCGCGGAGCUGGCCCGGGCCGGCUUUCACUAUCUGGGCUACGGUGACACGGUGCAGUGCUUCUGCUGCGACGGGAUCCUGAGGCACUGGGUUCACGGAGACACUCCGCGGGGGGAGCACGAGAGGCACUUCCCCGCAUGCGGCUUGAUGAUGGGCAGAGAGGUGGGCAAUGUUCCGCUGGGCUCGCCGGACUCUGUGGACGGGCAGCUCUUGAGUCAGCUGCAGCGGCUGACCGUGGAUGAGCAGGUGCUGUCUGGACAGGCGGUGUACCCAGAGAUGGAGUCGCAGGACAGCAGACUGUCCUCUUACCAGAACUGGCCCCCGGGAGCACCGGUGCAGCCAGACGCGCUGGCGCGGGCGGGCUUCUUCUACACAGGUCAUGGUGACAAUGUGAAGUGUUUCUUCUGUGAUGGCGGUCUGAGGAACUGGGAGCCGGGAGAUGACCCCUGGCAGGAACACGCCAAAUGGUUUCCUCAAUGUGAAUAUUUGCUUCAAUCCAGAGGACGGGAAUAUGUGAGCAAUGUCCAGCAGUCUUACUUCAACAUGAAUGAGAGCGUGGGUGGAUCUCCGUCAUCAACUGCGGGAAACAUUACAUCAGAGGUGCUGGGUGGGCAGAACUCAGUGGCGGCAGCCAUGUUGUCCCCUGUGGUGCAGGCGGUGCUGCAGAUGGGUUUCCAGCACUCGAUAGUGGAGGCUCUGGUGCAGUCACGCUACCUGCUCACCGGCUCACACUACACCUCAGUCUCUGACCUGGUGAGCGACGUCCUGCAGGCCGAGGAGGAGGAAAGGCAGACCGGGGAGCCCAGACCAGAGACUGUGGAGAGGCAGAGUACACCAAGAACGCAGGUCUCAGACAGGGAGAAAGUGCGAUCAGACCUGAGUCCAGAGGAACAGCUGCGACAGCUUCAGGAAGAGAGGACCUGUAAGAUCUGCAUGGACAAACUCGUCUCUAUGGUCUUCAUCCCCUGUGGCCACCUGGUCGUCUGCACCGACUGCGCAGCCAGUCUGCGCCACUGCCCCAUAUGCAGGGCAGUCAUCCGGGGGAGUGUGCGAGCAUUCAUGUCAUGAAGCGCAAACACAUGUUCAUACACUGCAUUGCACAGCAGUGUCAUUAGCCAGAAUUGUACUGCACUCAGGAUAUAUAGUGAAAAAAUACUCAACAGAUGUUAUAAAUAGCUUCCAAAUCAGCAUCAGUGCUUUGACACAAAGACAUAUUGCUUGAUAUUUGGCUAUACAUUAAAGCUACAGGGGUCCAAAAGUCCAUUUCACAUCUAAAGUCUAAUUAUUAAUAUAUAUAUUAAUUAAUAUACAUAUAUAUACAAUUUAACUGCAAGAACAUCUGAUCAUCUGUGCAAAAAGCAUAUCUCUACAUAAAGCAGGAUAUUAAUGAUAAAUAAAUAAAUUUGUUAAUUUCCAGAAUUAAAUGGGAUUUUAAAUCCCAGAUUUCUUACGUGGACUUGUGGACCCUGCAGUACUUUAAAAUGUUUUGCAUGCUUGUAAGUUCUGGACAAAGCCAAAGUUGAUUUUGUGUCAUGCCAAAGUGAACAGCUUUUUGUUAAUUUUAAAUCUUAAAAAAAUAUAUAUGAAUUUUCAGAUGGCAGUUUAUAAGACACCAUAUUGUAGAAUAAUAUUUUAUUAUUACUGUAUUAACAUUGCACUUUUAUUUUCAUUAAUAAAACAAUCUGCAUUGCACA